CACUCGCCCGCUUCUGAACCUCGACCCAGUCUAACGUUUCGAGUUUCAACCUCGACAAGCCGACGUAGCACGCGCCGCCGCCCAUCUGCGCAAGGACUCACAGCCCGGCAGCUUUAUCUCCGCAUUUCUACCCAGUCUCCAUACUCGACCCUGCUAUUUCGUCGCUGUUGCUGCUCCUCGAAACAAACUUCGCCCUCCACGCCUUCGAACUCUCCAAGCACCAUUCCCGCUUAGACCCCCAACCUCUCGCCAUGGUAGUUGCGACAAUCAAGUGCGUCGUCGUCGGCGACGGCGCGGUCGGCAAAACAUGUCUGCUCAUUAGCUACACCACCAAUAAGUUCCCUUCGGAAUAUGUACCUACAGUAUUCGACAACUACGCCGUCACCGUAAUGAUUGGCGACGAGCCAUAUACCCUAGGUCUCUUCGAUACUGCGGGACAGGAAGAUUACGACCGCCUCCGACCGCUAUCCUACCCUCAGACCGACGUCUUUCUCGUCUGCUUCUCUGUGACCUCCCCCGCGUCCUUUGAGAACGUACGCGAGAAGUGGUUUCCCGAGGUCCACCACCACUGCCCUGGGGUACCUUGUUUAAUUGUCGGCACGCAGGUAGAUCUUCGGGAGGAUACCCAAGUAAAAGAUAAGCUGGCAAAGCAGAGAAUGGCCCCGGUAAAGCGCGAAGACGGCGAGCGUAUGGCACGAGAGCUUGGUGCGGUCAAGUACGUCGAGUGCUCGGCGCUGACUCAGUACAAGCUGAAGGAUGUCUUUGAUGAGGCGAUUGUAGCAGCCCUCGAGCCACCAGCGACAAGAAAGGAAGGAGAAAGGAAGAAACGCGGGAAAUGCGCCGUACUUUGAAAACGAGUACGCGCAUGACAGCAUCUCGGGGAGCGUGAUUUGCACAUCUUCUUUCAACGGGCGUGAAUUUUGGAUACCAGGCGCCUUCUGUGGGUAGCGAUAUUUUCUUUGAAUUGAUCAAUAAGUUUCUCCGCCCUUUUCGCAUUGACGUCAACGAGACGUGUUCUACACGAAGCUCAAACCGCAGGCGUACAAGAAAGUGAAAAAGAGCUGGACCAUGGUGAGGUCUUGUAAAAGGUAGUAUGUUUCCCUAAUCUAUCUAUCCUCUUAAUUUCCGAUAUCGUCUCUUCACUUUUGGAGCUCUUUCUUAUUUCAGGACUCGAUAAA